AUGACAGCAAAUGACAGCACUGUUCGCUGCUGUUGGCUGUAAGACGGCUAGCCGCCAACAAACAACCCCUCUGAUUCAGGAAAUCGUAUUAUCAGCUGUGUUUGGACAAAGUGUGAACAACAACUACACGGUGAUUACGUUUGUCAUUUAGCCCUCGGCCCGUGUGAGCUGGUGAAGAUGGUGAAGCCAGACAUCCACACUCUGGCCCACCACCUGAAGCAGGAGAGGCUGUACGUGGCAUCAGAAAAGCAGCUGAUCCAAAAGCUCAACAGCGAUGUGCUGAAGACAUCUGAGAGGCUGUGCCGGGCCGCAUGGAUUGCCAAGCAGCAGAGGAUCAACCUUGAUCGACUCAUUCUCACCAGUGCGGAGGCCUCUCCGGCUGAAUGCUGCCAACAUGCCAAAAUGCUGGAAGACACACAGUUUGUCGAUGGCUACAAGACUCUGGGCUUCCAGGAGACGAUCUAUGGGGAGUUUUUGGCCAGGAUGAGGGAGAACCCCAGACUGGUAGCGUCCUGUCUGGUGGCAGGAGAGAGGCUGAACCAGGAGCACACCCAGGGUGUCAUCCAUACAGUUUUCACCUCACUUUACGGCAACUGUAUCAUGCAGGAGGACGAGAGCUACCUGCUACAGGUAUUGCGAUACCUGGUAGAGUUUGAGCUGAAGGAGAAUGACAACCCUCGGCGUCUUCUGCGACGAGGAACCUGUGCCUUCAGCAUCCUCUUCAAGCUCUUCUCCGAGGGCUUGUACUCAGCUAAGCUCUUCCUCACUGCCACCCUCCAUGAACCCAUUAUGCAGCUGCUUGUGGAAGACGAAGACCACCUUGAGACUGACCCAGCUAAGGUAACAGAACGCCUCACUCCAGCCCAGCAGGAACGCUUUGGAGAGAAGGGCUCAGAUGGCUACAAACAAAGGGUGCAGGCCGCUGUGGAGGCCAAUGAAGCCAAGCUGGUAGCUCUGGUCAACAAGUUUAUCGGUUACCUGAAGCAGAACACCUACUGCUUCCCCCACAGCCUGCGCUGGAUCGUGUCACAGAUGUACAAGACUCUGUCAUGUGUGGAGCGUCUGGAGGUAGGCGAGGUGCGCACCAUGUGUACAGACCUGCUGCUCACCUGCUUCAUCUGCCCAGCUAUAGUUAACCCAGAGCAGUAUGGCAUCAUCUCAGAUGCCCCCAUCAAUGAAGUGGCUCGCUUUAAUCUCAUGCAGGUGGGGCAGCUUUUGCAGCAGUUGGCCAUGGCUGAUGCUGAUGCAGACCCAAGGCGGAAAAGCAGUUUGUCUAAAUUUGAUAAGAGUUGUGUUGCUGCCUUUCUUGAUGUGGUGAUUGGAGGAAGAGCAGUGGAGACCCCUCCCAUGUCCUCAAUGAACCUUCUCGAAGGCCUCAGUAGGACUGCGGUUUAUAUUUCUCAUAAUCAGCUGCUUGUGUUGGUGGACUUUGUUCGGAGCGUGAUGGCCGGAGACCACCUUCGGGAGGAGGAGCACAUGGCUCUAGAGACCCUGCUUGCCAACGUGCCCCAGUCUCGAACUGUGAAGAGUAACAGUCUGGAGCUUACUCCCUCCAACACCCCUCAGCUCUCCCCAGCUACUACUCCUGCUAACAAGAAGAACAGGCUCCCAAUAGCAGCCCGGAGCCGAAGCCGUACCAACAUUGCCCAGGAGGGGGAGGCAGAGGCCAGCUCACAAGAGUCCCUGCAGGAGCUGAUGCCAGAGGAGGUGCUGGUGAUUUCACUAGGAACUGGUCCACAGACUGUCCCUGGGAUGAUGUCAGAGAAUGAGGUUUUGAACCUUCAAAUGGCCGAUGGGGCCCAGGGAGACGCCCAUGCUGAUGAUACUAAGCUGCAUGGUAAACCAGACAAAACCCUGCGCUUCUCCCUCUGCAGUGACAACUUGGAAGGCAUCUCAGAGGGUCCAUCCAAUCGUUCUAACUCUGUGUCGUCUCUGGACCUGGAGGGAGAGUCUGUCUCUGAGCUCGGAGCUGGACCAUCAGGAAGUAAUGGGGUGGAGGCUCUACAACUUUUGGAGCAUGAACAAGCCACCACUCAGGACAACCUGGAUGACAAACUGCGCAAGUUUGAGAUCAGAGACAUGAUGGGUCUGACGGACGAUCGGGACAUCUCUGAGACGGUCAGCGAAACGUGGAGCACUGAUGUGCUGGGCAGUGACUUUGACCCCAACAUGGAUGAAGAUCGGCUGCAGGAAAUAGCUGGGGCAGCUGCAGAGAACAUGCUUGGCAGCCUGCUGUGUCUUCCUGGCUCGGGUUCAGUACUGCUGGACCCCUAUGGCUCCACCAUCUCAGAGACCACAAGUGAGGCCUGGAGCGUGGAGGUCCUUCCCAGUGACUCCGAAGCCCAAGACCUGAAACAGGAGGAGCGUCUGCAGGAGCUGGAGAGCUGCUCCGGGGUCGGCAGCACCUCAGACGACACAGAGGUCAGAGAGGUCAGCUCGAGGCCCAGCACACCAGGUCUCAGUGUUGUGUCAGGGAUCAGUGCAACCUCAGAAGACAUCCCCAACAAGAUCGAGGACCUGCGGUCAGAGUGCAGCUCAGACUUCGGGGGGAAGGACUCUGUGACCAGUCCAGAUGGGGAGGAGUCAGGCCACGGACACAGUCUGACAUCUCCCCCCUCACAGGCAGAGUCCUUACUCGCCAUGUUCGAUCCUCUCUCCUCGGGUGAAGGCUCCUCCACCGGAACAAUAGUGAGGCCUAAAGUACACUACGCCAGGCCUGCUCACCCUCCCCCCGAUCCUCCCAUCCCUGAAGCUAGUGCCCUGGGGCAGGAGACGCGCCACUCUCUCUUCAUGCCUCACUGCCUGGCCCAGGCUGAGCUGGAGCACACCAAACAGCGCCACUCCUUCCCUGACAGGCUGGUUCGUAGCCGCAGCUCUGACAUCGUGUGCCCCGGCCGCCGGCCCACAAGUGACCCCGGCCUUAACCGGCGGGUAGCUGUAGAAGAGCGGGACCCUGCCUUUGCCUUAGGACCGUCCUCGUCGCCUAGCAAGGACUCCCUGAAAGGAGAGGUUGAGGACAGGAAAGACAGUGAUGAUGAGAAGUCUGAUCGCAACAGGCCAUGGUGGAAGAAACGAUUUGUGUCAGCCAUACCCAAAGCUCCAAUAGCAGCAUUUAGGAAAAGGGAAAAGCCGGAGAAAGAUGACAUCCCCCAUGAACGUGUCCCACAAGAUGACCCAAUGCCAAGACAGAACUUUCAAGCUCAGGCAGCUGAAGAUAUCCUGGACAAAUACAGGAACAUUAAGAGGACCAGCCCGAGUGAUGGAGCCACAGGUGGAGCUUCCUACGAUGGUACAGGAGAUCUUUGUGUAGAAGAAAGUGUGCACGACUCUCCCAGAGAGGACACCCUGCAGAACAUUUCCACAGAUGACCUCCCGGACUCAGCCAGCCAGACAGCUCAGCAGCACGGCUCCAAGUUCUCUUUCAGUGACGCAAAGAAGAAGUUGAGGUUGGCGUUGUGCUCUGCAGACUCAGUGGCUCUGCCAAUCAUGGCUCCUACCACCACUCGCAAUGGGCUGCCUGAUCACAUGGAUUCUGAGGAGAAUGAGAUCGUCUGCUUCCUGAAGGUCCAGCUAGCAGAAGCCAUCAACCUUCAGGAUAAGAACCAGAUGGCUCAGAUCCAGGAGACCACACGCUGCGUCAGCCGCUUCGACGCACGCACCUGCAGGAAGCUGCUGGCUGCGAUUGCAGACGAUUACAGAAAGCGGGCCCCAUACAUCGCUUAUCUAACCAGGUGUCGUCAGGGCCUUCAGACCUCCCAGGCCCAUCUGGAGAGGCUCCUCCAGAGGGUGCUCAGAGACAAGGAGGUGGCUAACCGCUACUUCACCACAGUCUGUGUUCGGCUCCUCCUCGAACACAUGGAGUCAAAGAUGCUUGACUUCAUUAAAGCGUUCCAGGGGUGCACAGCAUCAGAUGACAAGACAGCAGCAGUGGAGGAUUUUCUGCGCUACUUGUACGGUGCCAUGGCCCGUGAUGCCAUUUGGCAAUAUGCAAGCGAGGACCAGCUGCAGGAUGCCCAGAUGGCCAUCGAACGUAGCGUUAUGAACCGCAUCUUCAAACUGGCCUUCUACCCCAACCAGGAUGGAGACAUUCUCAGAGACCAGCUUUUCCAUGAACAUAUCCAGCGACUGUCAAAAGUUGUGACGGCAAAUCAUAAAGCCCUUCAAGUCCCAGAGGUUUACCUGAGGGAGGCCCCCUGGCCCUCCGCUCAGUCCGAGAUCAGGACCAUCAAUGCGUACAAGACACCACGAGACAAAGUCCAGUGUAUACUGCGAAUGUGCUCCACCAUCAUGAACCUCCUCAGUCUGGCCAAUGAAGACUCCGUCCCAGGAGCGGAUGACUUUGUCCCUGUGCUCGUCUUUGUCCUCAUAAGAGCAAACCCGCCCUGCCUGCUGUCCACCGUUCAGUACAUCAAUAAUUUCUAUGCCAGCCGGCUGAGUGGGGAGGAGUGCUAUUGGUGGAUGCAGUUCACCGCAGCGCUGGAAUUCAUUAAGACCAUCGACGAUCGCAAGUGAAGCAGAACAGCCACCUGUAUGGGCAGACUGCGGGGGAAGGAGCCGGGAGACUGGGAGACUUCCCAACCAACUGCUCCCUCUGCACAGCCUCUCAAACCUGGCCCUCAGCCUGCUCUUUAUUUGUAUAGCUUGUACAUAGCCAGAGACGUUGAAAGAUUACAAAAUAUAUAUUACUGUAUGUAAGUGGACAAAUCCAGGUUUUAGCCGUCUGAGAAAAAAAACAGCCUUGGGGAAAAAAUUGGCCAGAUGUUAACUUUGAACCUGAUUUAGAUUUUUCCUCUUUUGUCUCUUUAGUCAUGUUUCACUUUUGGGGUCUGUGUUAGGAAUUGUAUAUAAACACAGCUAUUAAUAUGACAUUAAAUCAACCUAAAAGAUAAUCCUAUAUAAAGGGACCAGACUUCCUUGAUGUGAUCACUGAUCUUUAUUUCCCCCUGAGUGAGAGGGAAGGGCUUCCAAUUAAAUUACAGUAUAAUGUUCAUUAAAUUCAUUGUAACGUGGGGAUUUACAGUGCGUGAUGGUUACUGAUGGGAUUUAGAGACUCAUAAACACUGAUAUUAAUUCACAAAAACCAUAAUACUCAGAGGGUUAGUGUAUCAAACAGUCGGGCAGCUUCUUUCAUGAAUUGUUUACUUCAUCUUAUUCCCAAACACGAAUGUGUCAGUGAGAAAUUGGACAUAAGGGCCCACAUAUUUAUAUGAAAUAAAAUGUAUUUAUUUCUGUAAUUCUAUUUAAUUCUUUGUUUAUCAUUUGAAAAAAAAAAAAAAAAAUCCAAUCGUGCCCAGUUGAAAUGUCUGAGGCAAGCGGUGUUAUUGUUAUAAACUUGCUAGAAAAGCUGGAGUUAGGAAAGGCACCUUAGCGACGAGUAGCCCGUGUGUGUGUGUUGGGGGGGGGGGGGACGCUGGGUGGUCAGGAAACAGGGUCGAAUGUGUACAGAGAAGUGGUGGCAUUUUAUGGAAAUAUUGAAAACAGUGCCUUUGAUGUUGGGCGCUCUGUACAUGUGUUUAUUUUUAGCUUCUUUUUUUUUUAAACCCAGGAUAGGCAUUAUCCCCACCUGACCACCACGUACAAACACUCCAACGGCCAACCACGCAUCACCACAUCACUGAUUGUCAAGGCUCAGUCCCUUUAAGGCACUUCAAUAAAUAUCCCCUCUGGUAUACUAGAUCCUACCUCAGAGUUGGAACCAAUGAGCCUGAUAUCAGCCUGUAUACAGUUACUGUCCUGAAUUGGUUGACGACAGAGCUCUGGAUCAUUUUUGCACUGGGUAAAAACAGUAAAACAUUCAGGAAGAAAGGGGAGGAAAAAUUGGAUAUUGAGCUAGUGUGAUGGUUUGGUCACAUCACCCUUAAUUAACGCUCGCCUUUGUUAGCAAACAAAGACAUUUUAGUUGCUAAUCUGAUACUUGAGAUGCCACGUGUCCACAUGGGCAGACUAUUGGAUAUUAGCUCUCUACCUCCUCCUAAGUUUCAAGAAAGGGACUUUUUGCUUAUGUGCACUUACAUUUCUUUCUUCUUCUUUCCUUUCAAUUUGGCGGGCUGUGUUAUCCCAGUGUCAUUGUAACUUUCCAAUUAGCGUACACGCAUGUCUUUAAUUAUCCUGGAAAUGGCUAAACACUCCCCCUUUCCUGAAAUCCUCUGCUUCUAUUUUGACUUGCCACAUGUAUUAUAGUUUUAGUUACCCCGUUACUUUUCUUGGCAAACAACCUGACAGCACAAAACACAGAAGGAUAAAAGAGCAAAUAAUCAACACUAUUGACUUGUUACUGACUUUAUGCUACAGUGAUUGGUGUAGUACGUGUGUGUGGUUUUUAUCUAGUGAGCGUGUGUGUGUGUGUGAGCUGAGUGUGGGAUUGCUUGACCCUCUGCCUCCUCUUGCAUGAAGUCAUUGGAUGGUCUGUAGCUCCUCUAUUAUGAUAAACAGUAGAAUAUGAUUACUAUCUGCCACAGGCCAGUAAUUGAACCUGCAAGAGGAUGCAAAGCUCCUCUUUGUGUCCGUGAUACUUGCAUAUCAGAACUCGAUGAUUUAUUUUGCACAAAACAGAUGUGUUUUCCUGAACAAAUUUACAGGGAGCAGUGCAUUUUCCAUUACUUCUAGCCUUUGCAGUCAUUAACAUGAACAUAUUGUGAUUAGAAUAACAUUCGAGUAGCUAAGUUUUUCACCUGACUGUUACUCUUUCAAGCUGAUGAAUUUACAGGGACAUCAAAACAUUUUUUUUAAUGUCUGUCAACAGUAGCAUAUGCACCACAUGUUUCCAUGUUUUGGCGGUGUACUCUUUGCAGCGUCUGUGUAAUCAAUUUGAUGAGAAAACCAUGCACUGGAAAAUCAAGUUGCAGGUUGCAUCUAUGCUAAUUAGGUUUAUGUGAUGUCACUUUAAUAGGAAAUACAUACUCCACAAAUCUGAUGAAAUUAUUUGGGACCUGGCUUAUGUUUCUCCACAGAUAGCCCGUCUCUGCAGCUACAGACAACGAGUGACGUACUGAUCAAAUCAACACAUUAUUUCUAUACACGACUGUAACAGCAACUUUAACUUUAGCUCUGAUUGUAUGCAAAGUAAACAGGCCAAAGAGCAGGUCUGUUCCUCAAAGCUUUACUGCUCUGCUCCCUGUACAAUUGAGUCGAAAGGCCAAGCAGAGGAAAAUAAAAGUUUUACAUCUUACAUCUAAUUUUACAUUUAACUGUAAGCUUGCACAACUAUGACAUGCGGGGAAAGUCGGUUUGUCUUUACUGUGAUCAAUGCAUUAUGUAAUUCUUUAAAAACAAUAAAGAAGCAGAAGUUUUUCCCUUUUU